GAGUUAGCUGGGAAGAAGUGCUUGAGCCCUUGGAGCACAUUUCGCUGCUCUGGGUCAUCGUCUUCCUCUUCUACGUGCAAUUCACGUAUUUUGCUGUGUUGAAUGUAUUGACUGGCGUUUUUUGCCAGUCGGCUGUGGAGAGCGCUCAGAAUGAUCAUGCCAAUGUGGUUCAGUCGAUGCUGGCAAACAAGGAGGCUCAUGUGGAGAAGAUUCGAGCACUUUUCAGCAAAUUGGGCGCUGAGGAAGAGGGCAUCAUCACCUACGCGAU